AUGGCGACUGUCCAGGGUGAACUUACUAAGAAUUUCACUUCAGAGGAGGCCGCUCAUCACAAUAAAAUCUCCAUUAUAGGAACUGGAGCCGUUGGUGUGGCCUGUGCAACCAGCGUAUUAUUGAAAUGUUUGAGUGAUGAACUUGCCUUUGUGGAUGUUGAUGAAGGCAAAUUGACUGGUGAGACAAUGUAUCUUCAACAUGGCAGCCCUUUCAUGAAAAUGCCAAACUUUGUUUCUAGCAAAGAUUAAUAUUACCUUGUCACUGCAAACUCCAACAUAGUGAUUAUCAAGCAGAUGCGUGCCAGAUAAAAGGAGAAACACCUUGAUUUAGUCCAGCAAAAUGUGUCCAUGUUUAAAUUAAUUAUUCCCAGUAUUAUCCAAUAUAGUCCAUGCUGCAAACUGAUUUUUUGUUUCCACUCCGUGGAUAUCUUAACCUACAUAGCCUGGAAGUUGAGUGCAUUUCCCCAAAACCGUGUUAUUGGUAAUGGCUGUAAUCUGGACACUGCCCGUUCGUUUCUUGGGCAGAGGCUUGGUAUCCAUUCUGAAAGCUGUCAUGGGUUGGUCCUGGGAGAGCAUGGAGACUCGAGCGUUCCUGUGUGGAGUGGAGUGAACAUUGCUGGGGUCUCUCUGAAGGACCUGAACUUAGAUAUAGGAACUGAUAAAGAUCCUGAGCAGUGGGGAAAUGUCCACAGAGAAGUAGUUGCCAGUGGCUAUGAGACGACUCCUUUCUUGGCUGUUUCCCUAUCUGUAGCUGAUUUAAUGGAAAGUAUUUUGAAGAAUCUUAGGAGACCACCAUAAGUAAGCCUUUACUUUCAGGGCCUCUAUGGACUAAAAGAAGUAUUCCUUAGUGUUCCUUGUGUCCUCGGAGAGAAUGGCAUUACAGAUCUCAUGAAGGUAAAGCUGAUCCCUGAAGAGGAGGCUCGUUUGAAAAAGAGUGCAGAAACCUGGGAAAUUCUGAAGGGGCUCAAGCUUUAA